ACGCCUCCGCCCCCUGCGCCGUCACCGACAAUGGCCGCGCAUCACGACCAAAACAAACCGAGGCGAAUUUACAUUUCGACCCAAUAUUAGAGCAAAAAAACCGAGUGGACCAAACGGACCGCCAUGUCCACCACCAACGUGGCGCCUAACGUCGACUUUGACCACAGCUGCUCGGAUUGCGUCGAGUAUCUGACGCUGAAUUUCGGGCCCUUCGAAACGGUGCAUCGCUGGCGGCGCCUGCCGCCCUGUGACGAGUUCGUCGGGGCGAGGAGGAGCAAACACACCGUUGUCGCCUACAAAGAUGCCAUCUACGUGUUUGGAGGAGACAAUGGGAAGAAUAUGCUCAACGACCUGCUGAGGUUUGAUGUUAAGGACUGCUCCUGGGGGAGGGCAUUCACGAUGGGUGUCCCGCCUGCCCCACGCUACCACCACUCGGCGGUCGUACACGGAAGCAGCAUGUUCGUCUUCGGCGGCUACACGGGCGAUAUUUACUCCAACUCCAACCUCAAGAACAAGAAUGACAUGUUUGAGUACAAGUUCGCCACCGGGCAGUGGACCGAGUGGAAAGUGGAAGGCCGGCUCCCCGUAGCUCGCUCCGCACAUGGCGCCACCGUCUACGAGGACAAGCUGUGGAUCUUUGCCGGAUACGACGGCAAUGCACGGUUGAACGACAUGUGGACGAUAUGCCUGCUCAAUCGGGAAGCGGCCUGUUGGGAAGAGAUUGAGCAGAGCGGGGAGAUCCCACCGUCGUGCUGCAACUUCCCCGUGGCCGUGUGCCGCGACCGCAUGUUCGUCUUCUCCGGGCAGAGUGGCGCCAAGAUCACCAAUAGCCUCUUCCAGUUCCACUUCACACAGCGCAUCUGGAGCCGCAUCCCCACGGAGCACCUUCUGCGUGGGUCGCCCCCACCACCCCAGCGCCGUUACGGCCACACGAUGGUGACAUUUGACCGGCACCUGUACGUGUUUGGCGGCGCUGCCGACAACACGCUGCCCAACGAGCUGCACAGUUAUGACACAGACUCGCGCAGCUGGGAGGUGGUGCAGGCCAACCCGGACAGCGAGGUGAUCGACGCGAUGCUUCUGCCGAGCGGGCGGGUGUUCCACGCGGCGGCCGUCAUCGGGGACGCCAUGUACAUCUUCGGCGGCACGGUGGACAACAAUACGCGCAGCGGAGAGAUGUACCGCUUCCAGUUCUCCUCCUACCCCAAGUGCACCCUGCACGAGGAUUACGGGCGGCUCUGGGAGAACCGGCAGUUUUGCGACGUCGAGUUCAUCGUGGGGGAGAAAGAGGAGCGAGUGAGGGCCCACAUCGCCAUUGUGACGGCACGCAGCAGCUGGCUGAGGAAGAAGAUCGUGCAGGCGAGGGAGCUCGCAAAGCAGAAGCAGAACGAGGAGAGCAAGGGCGAGAAGGAGAGCCUGACGCUGUCGCUGCGCGAGGCGGCCGGCUGCCGACCGUCGCCCGAGUCGCUCACAUCGCCCGCCCUGCGCGUGGCCGUGCGCAAUGCCGAGGCGCAGCCCUUCGAGAUGCUGUUGCAGUUCCUCUACACGGACCGCAUACAGUACCCGCGCAAAGGCCACGUGCAAGACGUCUUGCUGAUGAGCGACGUGUACCGGCUGGCGCUGUGCUUUGCGCUGGCGCGGCUCGAGCAGCUGUGCCUGCAGUACAUCCAGGCGUCCGUGGACCUGGGCAACGUCCUGGCCGUGCUGGAGAAUGCCAACAUGCUGCAGCUCGACAUGCUCAAGGAGUACUGCCUAAAGUUCGUGGUGAAGGACUCCCAUUUCAGCCAGGUGAUCAUGAGCCGAGAGUUUGAGAGCCUGUUUCCGGCGCUCAUCGUGCAGAUCGUCCGGCGCAAGGAACAUCCUCCGCCGCGCAGCAGCCAGCCCGAGCAGCCCAUCGACAUCGGAACGUCCCUGGUGCAGGACAUGAAGAGCUACCUGGAGGGGGGCGGCCUUGAGUUCUGUGACAUCACGCUGCUGCUGGAUGGACAGCCGUCGCCGGCGCACAAGGCCAUCCUUGCCGCACGCUCCAGCUACUUCGAGGCGAUGUUUCGCUCCUUCAUGCCGGAGGACGGCAAGGUGAACAUCUCCAUCGGCGAGAUGGUGCCCAGCCGGCAGGCCUUCGCCUCCAUGCUGCGCUACAUUUACUACGGCGACGUCAACAUGCCGCCGGAGGACUCUCUCUACUUGUUCUCGGCACCGUACUACUACGGCUUCACCAACAACCGGUUGCAGGCAUACUGCAAGCAGAACCUGGAGAUGAACGUCACCUUCCAGAAUGUGCUGCAGAUCCUGGAGGCGGCCGACAAGACGCAGGCAGUCGACAUGAAGAAGCACUGCCUACACAUCAUCGUGCACCACUUCACCAAGGUGUCCAAGUUGCCCAAACUCCGUUCGUUGAGUCGGGAGUUGCUGCUGGACGUGAUCGAUUCGCUAGCGGAGCACGUCACGGAGAGGCAGUGUGUGGACAUCGCGUGUCCCGACAUAUAGUUCCACCAGCACGUACCGACACACAUGACCGAGCACACCACCGUGCGCGUGUAACCGUACUGCGCUUAGCUCACCCCGCACGCGCACACAAACGUGCACAUACCCUCGUUGCUAUGGGUCGUGCACUCAGAAAGCGGUACAGCGCUACAUGGUCGUUCCACAACUGCACUUACUUUGUCUACGGGCCAGAGAACAAAUUGGUACCACCUAAUGUAGUAAAACUUUAGUUAUUAAUAUGACCUUACUCAUUUCACCGGAGUGGUUCUACCUUUUUUUAGCCAACAACCGUGAAUUAUGUGAUGAACAUUUCAAAUAAGUUUGUUUCUAAAAUAAUGAAUUCAUAUUAUCCAUAUAAACAGAAGGCCAAUAACAGUGAUAACCAUUUCAAAUGAGUGGGGUUAUCAAAUAAUUAAUUCAUAUUCACCAUAUAAAUAACUCGGUACCUCAGAAGGUUUUGCAAUCUCAGGCGGUACCAACAAUUUAAGUAUCUGGUGUGGGCUCAUCGACCAGCAAGCUGUUAACCCAUGUCAUGCGGCACUAAGCAUGUCGGAGCUCACCUACUCAUGCCUGGGACAUCCACCCUCACACUAACACGAGCAUUUAGGUCUAAUCUAACUUAUUACAUUUGUACAAACCCAUCGCUGUUUCUGCUGUACUAGUCUUACCCUCCACCGUCUGAAGCACUUUUAAUAGACAAAGUAUACACACGGUGUAAAAUGUAUAUGAGCGGAUUGCGUUCAGGAUGCGCAGCGAACUUUAUAAGCUUACGAGCAGAAUGGCCUCAAUGGGAACAAUAUUUACGUACGUUUCAGUGGUAAGUCUUGGAAAUUGAUGUCGAUGUUUUUUUUUGUUCCUUUGAUAAAUGUAAAACUUUUAUUAAAAUAUUUAAGCGAGA